AUGUUGGAUAAUCUCCCAGCGGAAAUCCUCGAAAUGGUUCUUAAUCAAGAUUGUUUGGAUUUUGGUGAUUUAAUCAACAUUUCUUCAACUUGCUCGUUUCUGCACAACUUUAUACUCAAAAACAAUAAUCUUUGGAGGAGGUAUUAUUACAAGAGGUGGUUUGAAAUAGCAGAAAGAUCCCCAAAAAUUGAUAAUUACUUCGACGAAGUUUCCUAUAUUUACAAAAUACAUCUCGAAAUUGAUGGGAUUUUAACCAGAUUAACCUCACUUUGCAUGCACAAAGAGGUACUACACCCAGCUGAUUUCGCACCAUUUAUCCACAUCAUCAAAUCGAGGUGUUUAAACGCAGAGUAUAUGGCGCAUUAUUUAAGAGAGAUCUUAAAUGACCCAUCAGAAAUUAAAACUUACGACGUGGUUCUGUUAAAAACUCCAGGGAAUUUAACGAUUAAGUAUUAUAGUUUGGAAACGUUGCGUUAUUUGGGACUCGAGAAUUUUAGAGUUCUUUGGGAGAAAUUUAUCUCGUUAGAUGAAGAUGAUCGCAUUUUGGAAAUUGAGAAAGUUAAAAAUUCUUUGAGAAUUAAUCACCCAAGCCAUCCUUUACUGAAAACGAGCGAAGAUGACUUAAAAUUGUGGCGAAACAAAAUCAUUAAAGAGAAUAAAUUUUCUUUGAUAGAUUCCCAACAAAUUUUAGGCACAAUUACCGAAGUUAUUUCCCAAAACGUUUUUGACAAAGAAAAUGAUCCAAAUUCAUUUACUUUAGAAAUUUUUGAAUUAAAACCUGGAUUCGAAAUUACUCGCAUGGUCAUUUUCGAGGGGGUUGCACGAAGAUUGGGGGUCAAAUUGGAAUGGGUUUAUGACCCAGAUGAUUUUUUGUGGCGAUUUAUCCAACUUGAUAACUCAGAAAAGAAAAUUUAUUACGUUGAUGUUUCAAACGGGGGUAAACUCAUUUUAGCAGAUCGAGGAUUAAUUGCAAAUCCAAAUUCAUUUUUUAAAUCCGAAUCAGUUCUCAAACGACUCAUAAAUUAUUUGGCAAAAUCACCACAUCAAGACGAUUCCUUAACACCUUCAAUUUUAGCAUUAAAUCUUAGAACUCAUCCAAACAAAUUACAAGCAAGGUUUGAGUUUAGUGUUUAUUACAGGAGAUACAACAUCGAAAUACACCCAGAAACCUAUUUAUAUCACGAUGGCUUUCCUCCUCAUGGAUUGUGUCCAAUAAAUCCUCCUAAAUCGCCCCCCAAAAGAAACAUUAACGUUAAAUUCGCUGUUGGAAUGGUGAUGAAGCACAAAUUACACAACUACGCAUGCGUGAUUUAUGGCUGCGAUAACACUUGCGAUAGAAAGUAUCGAGAAAUACCUUACAAACAAUUUAAAUUGGACGAAUCCCAACCGUUUUAUAAAGUUUUAUUGGAAGAUGGUAGCAAGAGAUAUGUGGCUCAAGAACAUUUGUUGCAUAGUGGGUUAAAGGGUGGGUUCGAUAAGACUUUGAAAGUUGGAAAGUUUUUUACUCACUUUUUUAAGAAUCAAUUUGCGCCGAAUUACUUUUUAAAUGAGGAGUAUUCGUAUGAUAUUGAAGUUAGGAAGAAAUUUCAACUUUUGGGUUGA